UGAAGACCCUGUGUAAUUGGCUGAACCGCAGCUUUCCGCCGGACUCCAGCUCCGGGGAAACGGCGGCUGCGGUGCCGGCAACGGAGAAGCGGACCAGCACAGCCAAAAAACGACGCGUCCAGAAGAAGGCUGAGCAGGAAGCUGCCGCCGCCGAGGAGAAAGACGCCUUGGCAGCGAAAAAGGCCAAGUUGGUGGCAUUGGCUGCCGACGAGUCGGAGGAGGAUGAAGAGGCGGCGACGGAGAAGGAGACACCGAGCUCUCGUUUUGACCUUGACAACUUCGACAUUAUCCCGGCCGACGAGGAGAGCGAACUCGGCUUACGCACCGGUACCGACCGUAGCCGCAAGACAGCACCCAGUACCAAAGAAAAGCCGGAGGGUGCCUCAGCUGAGCCCGUCCAGAGUGCUUCAGAAGAUGACGAUGAUGAGGACGACCCCGAGGAUGCUCUUGACGCUGAAGUUCUAGAACAGCUCGAGGCUGAUCGCAAGAGCGCACCUGCGGUCCUCCGGACGGUUAGGUCGAUCGGUGCUCUCAGUGGUGGUGGUGGUGGUGAUGAUGAUGAUGAUGAUGAUGAUGCCGAGGAGGACAGCGGCGGAGAUGAUUUUACUUAUGAUGGUAGUGAUGAUAUUGGUGACGUACCAAUUCAUGCCCUACCCCUAUACUCGCUCCUGCCAGCGGAGCAACAGAAACGAGUUUUCGAGCCACCGCCAGAGGGCCACCGACUUGUCGUCGUCGCCACGAACGUCGCGGAGACUUCACUAACUAUCCCGAACAUUCGUUUUGUGGUGGACACUGGCAAGGUAUUUCCACUUUCUUCUCCUUCUGCCCUAAUAGCUUUUAGAUUUAACAGGUUCAGUAUCAGUAUCAGUAUAUUGAGGGAUAUGUAG